UUUCACAAGCGAAGCCUUACUGCUUUCGCCGUAGUGCUCCGCUAGAUUUAUAUAUGUGUAGCAGCAUAAAUAGUACGCUGCUACUUUAAGGCCAAAUUUGGCUGCUGCAUAUAAGCAGGUCUCCACCUACCACAAGGCUGCAUGCGUUGUGACACUGAACCCAGCUGCUUCUAAUUGUGGGUCAAAUUGUGCUGGAUUCCUUAGUUGCUCCUCCGACUUCUGGAUUGACCUGUCCUGUUGUUUGCUGGCAGGAAGCUGCACUGCGAAGGUGGAAUUGGGGAUUUGUUUACCUGGCAGCGUGGUAAUUCACCAGUCACAGCCAUCUGAUGAGCCUCUGACCAGCUUUCAACGUGGAUUGACACUCGUUGCUGUUUUGCCUAGAAAGAAAUGUUUUAAAAAGAUUUAUCUGAACUUUCUCCUGCUGUCAGGGGCAUCUGUGGCACAAUUAAUGGGAUGCAGUGCAAUAUUGUAGUGCCAUUGUAUCACUGUUUCUUAUGUGGUUUAAUCUUGUUUCAUUUAGGGACUGAGGCUUCUGUGGUGGCGGUGGUGACCCCUGGUGGCGGUGUUUCUGAUGUGUGUUUUGGAGCUCCCUUUCCUUGUUUGCUGUGUUUUGUAGUGUCCAGGGUGGUCCCAUUUCUUCACUAGAUGUUGCCCCUCUUCUCACCACCUUCCUUUCCAUUGCUCAACAGGAAGUUUCUUCGACACAAAGCUGUGAAACAUGAAGGUGACGGACGAAUCUUCCAUCUGAAAGGUCCACAGAGGAGAGAGGAACCGCUGAUGACAUUUGAGACGUUGCGGUCCUGUACAGACAAGAACCUGAGUUGUCUCUAGUGUGCCGUGUCCCCAUCAUGAGACGUCCAGCGAGCUGUGAAGAAGGUGAAGCUGCUGGUUCUCACCAUGAGAACCCAUCCAGAACCUCCAAGGUGCCUCCAGUGAAAGUGGUUCUGCUGGUUCUGGGCUCUCUGCUGGCUGCUGCUCUGGUCGUCAUCUGCAGACUCUCAACUCACAUUGUGCAAAUAAAGGCGAACCUGCAGAGUCUCACAGAGGAGAACAACGCCCUGAGGAGAAAACUUCCAGGGGCUGAAGACGAGGCAUUCUGUGAGGACGGCUGGGUCCGUUUUGACGGGACGUGUUAUUACUUUUCCACCAACCGGCUUUCCUGGGAGGAGAGCAGGAAGAGCUGCAGGGAGGCAGGAGCAGAGCUGGUUACGGUCGACACCAGAGAGGAGCAGUAUUUCCUGAGGAGCGUCCUGAACAGGAAAAUGAAGACCUUCAACGACAUGUUCUGGAUCGGCCUGACGGACUCGCUGGAGGAGGGGAGAUGGAUUUGGGUCGACGGCUCGGAUCUCAGCGAAAGUUUGCAGUUCUGGAGCCAAAAGGAGCCGGACAACUGGACUGAGGAGAACCCUGCAGGAGAAGACUGUGUGAGGAUGGGGAUGGAGGGAGGAGGAGUACCGAUGAAAAACUGCUUCAACUCUUCUGGAAAGGCGGUCCAAAAGGUUCUGGAGAGUGUUUAUGGACCAUUUGUGAGGUCAGACACUGAUGUUGGACAACAAGGCCUGGCUCUCAGUCUCCGCUCUAAUCCAUCCUGAGGUGUUCUACGGGGUUGAGGUCAGGACUCUGCAGGCCAGUCACAGGUCAUCCCUGCGCUGCUGCCUUGUUGGUGGUUGAUGUCAACGUGAAGCUUUGUAGAUAAACCACAAAGGACACGCCCCUCAUAGCAUCUCGGUCAGGACGAAUGCAUGGCGCAGCGCUCCAUUCGCAAAAGGGUUAAGAUGCUGCAGAAGUAGAGGAAAUAGAGUGCUAAAAGCAGAUCGUGUUACUCAGAAUCACUGAAGAUUUUAUUGUUUUUUUUCACUUUUUACAUAAAGUGGAAAUGUUGGGAAUAUUUUCUCUAGAGAUGUACCGAUCCAUUUUAUUCCGAUCCAGUCCGAUACCGAUAUCUGGGCUAAGUGUAUCACCCGAUACUGAUCCAAUACUACUGUUGAAUGAAUAAAGUGU